CACCAUUACCAGAGGUCUCUGUAUGUAACAUGCAUGUUCCGCUGCCGUCUGAAUAAUCCAUGAAAUGUAGCAAAGCAGUGAAUUGACAUAUUGCAAAUCGUUUUGUGGGAGGUUAGAGGAUCUUUUCGUUCUAAUUAAAGGUAUUGAAACCAAAAUGGGUGUGCUUGGAAGAAAUACAGAAGCAAUGGAAGUAGAAGUUGCAACUACUGAUACUCAAAAUGGAGAAGGCGAUUCAGGAGAUAAGAAGGAUAGUGAUCUUCUUACUAUUCAUGAUAUUCGAGAGCAUACACGUCAAAUUGAAAAAGCUGUACAAAAUAAGGAACCACGUUUUAUUUUGCGUGCUUUACGUACUUUACCCAACACUCGUCGUAAAUUAAAUCCUAUUGUAUUGAGAGGGGUUAUUGGUGGAUUUUAUACAAAGUCUGCAGCAGAACGCGAAGCACUUUUAGCUUGGGUAGACGAACCAAUGGAAGUAGAUGAGACUCAAGCAGCUAUUCAAAGGUUUAAAAGUUCUACUGCUACUUUGCUGCCUGAAAUCGAUGCUUAUAUUCACCUACUCGUACUUGUGAGAUUAAUAGAUACUAGAAAGUAUGACGAUGCAGUACAGUGUUCCGAAGCACUUAUGCAAAAGAUCGUAAUGCAAAACCGAAGGACUAUAGAUUUAAUAGCUGCUAAGUGUUAUUUCUAUCAUUCACGUGCUUAUGAAUUAACUAAUCAACUCUUUAAAAUAAGAGGUUUUCUACAUCUCCGAUUACGUACAGCUACUUUGCGCAAUGAUUUUGAAGGCCAAGCUGUCCUUAUUAAUUGUUUAUUACGGAAUUACCUUCAUUAUAAUUUGUAUGAUCAAGCAGAUAAGCUUGUACUUAAAUCAACUUUUCCUGAAUCUGCAAGUAAUAAUGAAUGGGCACGAUUCUUAUAUUAUUUGGGUAGAAUUAAAGCCGCAAGAUUGGAAUAUUCUGCAGCUCAUAAAUAUCUAGUUCAAGCAAUGCGUAAAGCACCACAGACUACUGCAAUUGGUUUUAGGCAAACUGUGCAAAAGUUGGCAGUUACUGUAGAGCUUUUAUUGGGAGAUAUACCUGAGAGACAAAUAUUUCGGCAGGCUGCUUUGCGUCGUGCUUUGGCUCCGUAUUUUCAAUUGACACAAGCCGUUCGUUUAGGAAAUUUACAAAGAUUUGGAGAGGUAUUAGAAAAUUUUGGACCACAAUUUAGAACAGAUCAUACUUUUACGUUGAUCUUAAGAUUGAGGCAUAAUGUUAUUAAAACUGCUAUUCGUUCGAUUGGACUUUCAUAUUCACGAAUUUCACCGGCCGAUAUCGCACGCAAACUUGGUUUGGAUUCUGGCGUUGACGCUGAAUUUAUAGUAGCAAAAGCUAUACGCGAUGGAGUAAUAGAAGCUACAUUGGAUCCCGAAAAUGGUUAUAUGCGUAGUAAAGAGACUACUGAUAUUUAUUGUACUAGAGAACCAUUAUUAGCAUUUCAUCAAAGAAUAACAUUUUGUUUAGACUUACAUAAUCAAAGUGUCAAAGCUAUGCGUUAUCCACCCAAAUCUUAUGGAAAGGAUCUUGAAUCUGCGGAAGAAAGAAGAGAAAGAGAACAACAAGAUUUAGAAUUAGCGAAAGAAAUGGCAGAAGAAGACGAUGAUGGAUUUCCUUGAAUUUAUUCAUCAUUAUUAAUAAUAUGCUUUCAUUGUAUCGUUCAAUCAAUUUGGUAUAUAAAACAAUUUAUAGUUGUGUUAUAAUAGCUUAAUAUAUGGUAUACAAUUACAUUAGA